AUGCGGGCAAAGCUGCCCACCACACUCAUUUCUACACUCUCACGCCCCCGCUUCCCCCGCCCGCCCUCAAGGAUCACCCUCCAGCCAUGCUGCCCCAAUAACCCAGCCCCAACCCAUCCCACCCUCCCCCCUCCCACCCGAACCCUCACCACAACCACCCCCCUCCUCAAAAAGGGCGGGAAACAAGACUCCAAACGCACCGUCUCCCUCAACGCCUCCAAAGCCCAAUCCCAAGCCCACUCCCCCACCGUCAACGCCUUCGACUUCUCCGACUACGAAGCCGCCAUCGAGCACGCGCACGAGCACCUGAAGUCGGAAUUGGCCAAGAUCAAAGCCGGGGGCCGGAACGCGGAGGACAUUGAGGGAUUGAGGGUGGUGUUGGGGAAGGGCGGUGGGGAGGGUAGGGGGGAUGGGGGCAACGAAGGGAUAGGGGGGAGGGGGAGAGCGGAGCGGGAGAGUGUGAAGUUGGGGGAUGUGGCGAGCGUGGUGGCUCGGGGGCGGAACGUUGGGGUUUUGGUUGGGGAGAAGGACCACCUCAAACCCGUCCUCUCAGCGCUCGCCUCCCUGCCCUCCCUAACCUACACCACCUCGCCCACGGACCCUCUAACCCUCACGAUCGCCAUACCCCCCGUGACGGCCGAGUCCCGGCUCGCAGCCAAAAAGCAGGCCGACAAAAAGGGGGAGGAAGCGUUGUUUGCGUUGCGGGAAGCGAGAGGGGCGCAGAGGAAGAAGCACCGGAGUAUGGAAUUGGGGAGACUGGUUGGGCCGGACGAGCUGAGGAGGGCGGAGAGGGAGGUGGAGAAGGUGAAUGAGGGGGCGGUGGGGGAGGCGAGGCGGUUGGUUGAGGGGUGUAGGAGGGGAUUGGAGGGGGGAUGA